GGCGCGAGAACAAAAUUAGACUCCAAGUCCGGAGCGUUGAAGAAGUCCAGCCGCUACCGGAGCCGCUCCUUGUCAGCCAGCAGCACCGACAGUUACAGUUCUGCCUCUUAUACAGGAAGCUCGUCCGACGAGGAUGACGUCUCGCCGCGCGAGAAAAUCCAGAAGACGGAGAAGGGCUUCACGGACUUCUGCGUACGUAACAUCAAUCAGCAGGCCUUCGGUCGCAGGGAGAUCGAGAUCGCCGAGCAGGAGAUGCCGGGAAUCAUGGCGUUGCGGAAACGCGCGGCGGACGACAAGCCGUUGAAAAACGCCAAGAUUGUGGGAUGCACUCAUAUCAACGCGCAGACCGCCGUCCUGAUUGAGACGCUGGUGGAACUGGGCGCGCAAGUGCGAUGGGCGGCGUGCAACAUUUAUUCCACGCAGAACGAGGUAGCCGCGGCGUUGGCGUACGCCGGGUACCCGGUGUUCGCGUGGCGUGGCGAAACCGAGGAGGAUUUCUGGUGGUGCAUCGAUAAAUGCGUGGCGGCCGAGAAUUGGCAGCCUAAUAUGAUACUGGACGACGGCGGUGACGCCACCCAUCUGAUGCUCAAGAAAUACAACGCCAUGUUCAAAAUGAUUCAAGGAAUUGUCGAGGAGAGCGUGACAGGUGUACAUAGAUUAUAUCAGUUGUCGAAGGCGGGAAAAUUGUCUGUCCCCGCGAUGAACGUGAAUGACAGUGUAACUAAAACGAAAUUUGACAAUCUCUAUAGCUGCCGCGAGAGCAUCAUUGAUAGUUUGAAAAGGUCCACCGACAUCAUGUUCGGAGGCAAGCAGGUUGUAAUAUGCGGUUACGGAGAGGUCGGGAAGGGAUGCUGUCAAGCUCUCAAGGGCCUAGGUUGCAUCGUGUACAUCACCGAGAUCGAUCCCAUAUGCGCGUUGCAGGCCAGCAUGGACGGCUUCAGAGUGAUGAAGCUCAAUGAAGUCAUUCGAAAUGUAGACAUUGUUAUUACAGCGACGGGCAAUAAAAAUGUGGUCACACGCGAGCAUAUGGACAAGAUGAAGAACGGAUGCGUCGUGUGCAACAUGGGCCACAGCAACACGGAGAUAGACGUCAACAGUUUACGUACGCCCGAUUUGACUUGGGAGAAAGUGAGGUCGCAAGUGGACCACGUUAUUUGGCCGGACGGUAAGCGCAUCGUUUUGCUGGCGGAGGGUCGGUUGGUGAACCUGUCGUGCUCGAGUAUUCCAUCCUUCGUGGUGUCGAUUACUGCCGCUACGCAAGCGUUAGCCCUCAUCGAGCUGUUUAACGCGCCAUCCGGACGAUAUAAGAGCGACGUUUACUUGCUGCCGAAGAAGAUGGAUGAAUAUGUCGCGUCGCUGCAUUUACCCACUUUCGACGCGCAUCUGACGGAACUGACGGAUGAACAGGCAAAGUAUAUGGGCCUGAAUAAGGCGGGUCCGUUCAAGCCUAAUUACUAUCGCUACUAAAAAACCAUUGGACGAGUAAUGUGGCAUUGACUAGCACGUGCGACACUCACUCAGCAUUACACACCUUCACGAGUAUUAAAAAAAAAAAGAAAAAGAAAAAACCAGCCACCCUUCCUUGACUUUGUGCCGAAGUUGGCUUUCUUUUUUCCCCCCACUGACGUCUCUUCCAUAAAAUCGAUAAGAGAUUUUUAUUUAUGGUUCAACCUUCGUAGAAAGAUCCGCGCGACGUAAUUCCGCUAUGUUAUCGCUAAUCACCCGCAAGGAAUGCGUUAAUAAUGUCAUGGUGAACACGCUGAUUUAGCAGUUAGUCAAUAAUCGUUAUUAGAAACCACUACCAGGGCUACGCAAACUGCAUUCGAGAAAACAUAAGUUAUUUUGCACAACAUAUCACAGAUGUCUUUUUUUUUCUCUAACACAUGUGCCUCUGUCUGGUCCUGGAACUUACAUAACUGAAUUUACAUCCAAUUAACUCUUGUAACAGUUUCCUUUUCGAGAAUGCGCGAGUGUAGAACCUGCAUUUGUCAAGCUAAACACAGAGAAAGGGAGAGGGUAGAAAAGAGAAACUCUCUCUCUGAAAGGUUGCCAGACUGUGCACGCCAGUAAACCCGCACACGAAAAACGCCGGUUGAAUACUAUUGUAGAUAUAAACGAGUCAUGUAUAGUGUUUGCAAACCGAAAUGGUAAUUGAAAUUGUAUCUGUCCAUUAGUUACUACCUGCAGUAAGUUAUAGCUUUAUAGUUUGAUAAAUGAUACAAACGUUUUAAUAUAGUAUUGAAAGGAACUUGUAUACGUACGUUAUUUGUAUAAUUGACUUGCGCACGAUGUAAAAGAAAGCAUUGAAAGAAUACAAGAACGUAACUGUUCGGUCAGCUCAGUGUUCAAUUUCCUCCUGGAUGAAAAUUUUUCUACAGUUGUAAUUUUGCACUCUUAAAUUUUUCUUUUAACGUCCUGCGUGCGCAUUACGCGUCAAAAUUCGCACACGUAUACAGGUUUUUGACGAUUUCUUAGCGCGUGCAGAUGAUGCGCGUUAGUCAAUGAUAUUGUUGUGUCCUUAUAGUAACGAAAAUUGUGCAUCAUCCGCGACUUAUUUAUACACCAGCCAGUUUUCCGCGAAACGCGGGAAUUUGCCCGCGUUACGCAGGCGACUAUAAUGCAAAACUCGUGUACAUAAUUAUUUAAGGUAGGAGGGCCGAUACGUGAAAUAAGGCGAUACGCUUUUAUUGUGGAUUACAGCCUGUUAAUCUCUGGUUAUUAUUGUUACCCUCGUGCGCGGCACGAGGAACGAUUUGCGUAUCCAUACGUUUAGGAAAAAAAUAAACGCCUACAUUUAGAGAAUUGAU